AUGGCCAUUCCAUUUGUUGAAGACUGGGAUCUGGUACAGACACUAGGAGAGGGAGCUUAUGGAGAAGUACAGCUGGCUGUGAACCGAAAAACUGAAGAGGCGGUGGCAGUAAAAAUUGUGGAUAUGAAGCGAGCAGCUGAUUGUCCAGAAAACAUAAAGAAAGAGAUCUGUAUCAAUAAAAUGCUUAACCACGCCAAUAUUGUCAAGUUCUUCGGGCACCGCAAAGAAGGCAACAUUCAGUAUCUGUUCCUGGAGUACUGCAGGGGAGGUGAACUCUUCGAUAGGAUUGAGCCAGAUGUGGGUAUGCCAGAGCAGGAGGCACAGAAGUUCUUCCAGCAGCUCAUUGCUGGCGUGGAAUAUCUUCAUGGUCUUGGAAUUACACAUCGAGAUAUAAAACCUGAAAACUUGCUUCUAGAUGACAGAGAUCAGCUAAAGAUUUCCGAUUUUGGCUUGGCUACUGUGUUCAGACAUAAUGGACGGGAGCGACUACUGAACAAGAUGUGUGGGACGCUGCCCUAUGUAGCACCUGAGCUGAUAAAGCAGAGAGCAUUUCAUGCUGAACCUGUGGACAUUUGGUCGUGUGGGAUUGUUCUGACAGCAAUGUUAGCUGGAGAGCUGCCAUGGGAUCAGCCUAACGAUGCAUGUCAAGAAUAUUGUGACUGGAAAGAGUCAAAACACUACCUUAAUCCAUGGAAAAAGAUUGACUCCUUACCUCUUGCGCUGCUGUGUAAAAUCCUAACAGAAAAUCCCAGUACGAGAGUUGCUGUUCCAGACAUCAAGAAAGAACGAUGGUUUACCAAAACCCUGAAGAAAGGUGUGAAAAGACACCGCAUAUGCUCAGGGGGUGCAACAGAAACAUCUGAAAUUCUCAGCAAACACAUACGUAGUGAUGCGGACAAGUCUUAUCUCUCUCACAGGUGCAGUGAUGAGAAGACAACGUAUUCCAGCACACAGCCUGAGCCUCGCACAGCCCUCCCGGCCUGGGACAGUAGCUCCUGUAAUAUAGACAGCCUGGUGCAGGGUAAAGGAAUUAGUUUCUCUCAACCAGCCUGUCCAGAAAACAUGCUGCUAAGCAGCCAGCUGCUGGGUACCCCUGGUGCCUCCCAGAACCCAUGGCAGCGUUUAGUGAAAAGAAUGACCCGGUUCUUCACCAACGUCGAUGCUGAAAGUACUUAUAAUAAUCUGAAGGACGCUUGCGAAAAAAUGGGUUAUGUGUGGAGGAAAGGCUGUGCCAAUCAGGUGACACUUUCAACAACUGACAGGCGAAAUAACAAAUUAAUAUUUAAGGUUAAUUUGGUGGAGAUGGAGGAAAGAAUAUUACUGGAUUUUCGCCUUUCAAAGGGUGAUGGUCUGGAGUUCAAGCGGCAUUUCCUGAAGAUAAAGAAAAAGCUGGAAGACAUAGUGGCCAGUCAGAAAGUUGUUGUGUCUGUCACCUGA